AUGAACAAGUGCGUGCUCCGACCAGGUCAUGGGUGCACACCCACUAUGAGGAUUGUGACAAAGGGCGAAGAUCAGCCAAUUGUUGAACUCGAGAAGGUAGAAAGUGAGUCCUCUACUUCCGUAAACGCCUCGGACGAUGACAAAGACACACAGACAAGCACGGAAGGAUAUUCAAGCAGUCCAGCUCCAUGUGCAUGCAAUAAUGGUCCUAUCCCUUGCCGCAGAUGCGCUCGCAUGAUAAGGCCAAGAUGCUCGAGAUCAUACGGCGGAUACGGAUAUGGGCCAAGCUAUGUUGAAAUGGCGAAUAACGAUACGCUUGCCAAAACCGGAUCAGAGAACGAGUAUGCACUUAACGAACAGAGCCCCGAAGAAUAUGUCGAAGAUGAGGAUGCUCAGCAGCAAAAUGGCGACUAUGAGGAUGAAUCAGAAGCCUUUAAUCCGGAUGAGGAAGCUACGCAGCAAUAUGAAGAAAGUGUAGGUGAAGGUGCCAAUGAACCACAGAUUACUCUCGUUGAAAUGGGAAGAUGUAUGCAGAGCUACAGAAUGGGUUGCCCAUACACUCCUCGUUGCUACAGUUCGUCAUUCAACCCUGGAUCAUGUGGUUCGUGCUCGCGCAGUUAUGCGCCACGACCGAGCUGCUCGUGCCAAGGUGCAAGCUCUGACGAAAACGAUUCUUCUGAGAGUGCGGGAAGCAGCUGUCCCUAUGCCAGACGCAGCUACAACAUGGGUUACAGCUCAUGUGGCAUGCCGGAAUACAGGGACAGAUACCAGCCGAGCUGCAGAAGCUGCAGGCGUUGUUUCUCUCCGUGCAGCUCCAGAUGCUCCUCUCGUCAGGGCGGCUUCUACUCAUCGAGGUAUGGAAAUAGUCGUAAUAACGAAAUCAAAUAUUCUUUAGCGGUGAGAGGCUAUACUAAAAGGCGAAUGAAUUCAAAACCUCAGCCAGAGGGUUACGCCUAUCAAGCGGAAAAUGACGGCUCUGAUGUGGAUGAAAAUGGCAACUUAGAUAUGCGUGAUUUAAUAAACGACGACUCCGAAAAUCGUCGUGAUACCUCAACAACCUUCCGUACAACAAACGGCAUGUUUAAUCUAGGCGUCGGUAAGUCAGCCGACAACGUCUUGAAAAAUAACAGAGAUGUACAGAUCAAAAACGCCGCAGCCAAAGCGGAAGUUGAAGAUACAGGAAUUACAGAAAAUACGGCUGAAGGACGGAGCCUAGGCUUCUUAGAAACUGCGAGGACGAUUUCAAAUGCAACGCACUACGCAUCCAUCGCCCCGCAUUAUCUGGGUCAGCCAUCAGGUGGCAAAAUGUCAAAAAGGCAAAAAGCGCCGACUUUUCUUGAACUUGGAUCUAAUUUUAAUUCAAAGCUGACGAAUGGCAAUGUAAAUGAGAAAAACAACCGUAAAAAAGAGGUUGCUCGUGAAAGUGCAAAUGAUGACGAUGCUGUAGAUUUUGACGAUUUUAUGGAAACAGAGCAAGAGUCAAGCGAUGGAAAUGGGGAAGAGCAAAGCGAUGACGAUGAAUUGGUAGAUAAAGAUGAAGGAGAAGAAGACGGUGAAGAGAGUGAUGAAGAGGACGAUGUAAAGGAUGAACGUGAAUAUGAUGAACAUGACAAUACUAAACGUGAUAAUGUUGGAGAUGUAGAUGAAGACAAAGUCAAAAACGUCGAUGAAGUCAAAGACGAAGAUGCAAAUACAAAUGAUAAUGAAGACGGCGACGAAGACGAAGAUGAAAAUAAAGAUGCAGUUGUAGAUGAAGACGACGACGAAGUCAAAGACGACAAUGAAGACGAGGAUGAAGAUGCAAAUGCAAACGAAGAUGACGACGACGAAGACAAAGACGAUGAUGACGAGCAAACGGAGGAAGACGACUCCAACGCAACUGCUGAGAGUAGCAGUCCUAUCGAUGAUGAUCUCGCAGAAGAUUCUGAUGACGAAAGUGAUGACUCCACAGAUAUGAAAGAUUACAAACAUGAUACAAAUAUAGAAAGUAUACGUGCUCCCCUUGGAUUGGAGUACCUAGGUGCUGGUUAUGAUAUGGUGAAAGGCAACCCACUGGGUGACACCAUAACCUUGCUGGACCCAGGCUACCGGGCCAAUACAAUCCAAAUGCACUGGCGCAAGGAUUUUGAAGGCCUUAGCAACAGUUUAGAAUAUAUUCAACCAAAAGGUGCCUGGGUAAGGUCUUACGUAUCAUGCCACAAGAGCGAUACGGUCUCCGAGGUGGGGCAGUCAGAGUCAAUGAAGAAUGCCCUCUCUGUGGAUGCCUCCGUAUCUGCUGCAGUUCCAGGUGAUGUUCUGAAAUUUGCAGCUUCUGCGAACUACAACAACGUGAAAAAUUCGGAGAAUCAGAAAGGGGUCAAGACUUAUGUUAGCCGAUCCUACUGUUUGAAUUAUGCGGCUGGGAUACCCACCUCCAUUCCAUGGGAUUACACCACUGCCUUCAACAUCGCUCUUAAACAAUUACCUACCAAAUUCGAAUAUGAAAGAGACGGAGUCAUCUGCUCGCCCAGUAUCUAUCGCGAUAACCCUACAAGCAAGGCCUGUUCGGACCUGGGAGUGCGCCAAUGGAUGCGGUUCUUUACUAUUUUCGGCACCCAUGUGACGACCAAAAUAUACCUCGGCGGCAAGAUGGUCACACGCAUCGAAACUAAGGCCAACCAAGAGGCAAAUCUUGCACGUCUAGGUGUCGACGUGAAGGCCGAAAUCAGUGUUCAAGCGCAAGUUGCCACGGCCAAUGGUGCCUUGGGAGUUGACGUUUCGAAGUUUAAGGAUGAUAAAAGUAAAACUCUCGAUUCCAAAAAGUCAACGCUAGCUCUUGGUGGUGACAUCUACGGGAAAGGCAAAAACCUCUCCUUCAACGACUGGGCUGAGACUGUGCCUAACUUCUCGAUGCCCGUUAAGGCCGAGUACACUCCAAUCGCCAAAUUUCUCAGCACAGAUUACGUCGACGCAUACAACGACGCCUACGUGUUUUACGGCAAGGUCCUCGUCGGCGAGAAUGUCGGGACCACAUGA